UAUAUAUAUACUGUUUUGAAUUACAUAUUUCAUAUUGAACACAAAUGCUAAUAUAGCCUAUAAAAACAGAUAAACCAGUGUUCAUGUAGUAAUAUUCGGAUUCCCAGAACCAUUCAUCAGAAACACACUGAUUAAAUAAACAGAACCUAAACCAAGAAUUAAAAUCAUAACAAAAUAAAAAAUAUAUGUAUUUAAGGGGAUAAAACGUGUUAGCUUGAAAAUCAAGCAAUUCCUGAAAACCCAUCAACUUCAAGAUUUAUCAUAUCAACUUGAACAUAUAAAUACACUCCUAUUCAGUACUCUCGUUUAGCAUAUCACGUUUUUUGACAUGAUUCCUUUCAUUUUGACGGUGAUUAUAGAUGUUGUGGAUUUAAAAACAAAUGCGUAGUUUGGUUUAUAAAUACGUGAUAUAUUUUUAAGUGAAUAUGAACGUAUUGGUGGUGAAAAAGUUGUAUUAUUAUUUAAUUUAUAAUUAAUAUUCUAAUUUACUGAUAUCGGACUAUACAAUUACUGUCAUAAAAAGUGCUUAAGCAACUAUUAAUCCCAUAACAUUACAAAUUUAUACACUCUUUAUGUGUAUACAAUUCACUCGUAAAGUUUUUAAUAUGAUAAAAUCUACAUGUCAACAUGUCUAGUUACUUUUAGGUAUGUGUCCAUACAAUAAUCGUUAUUUUCAGUUUAGUUGCCAGUAGUUUUGAAAUUUGGCCUUUAUUAUAGAAUCUUACAGGAUGUUAGAUGUUUUAUUAAGCUUUUUAAAAAUGAAAACGUGCUUUAUUAGCAUUUAAAUUACUUAAAUAAGAUAAGGAAGUUUCAUGUUUCAGAAACAGUUAAACGUAAUGGCUCUGUAUGUUGGUUGACUUCCUUUUACAUAUUUUAUCCUUAUUGCAUCCUUUAUUAAUUAGACAAAAGAUUCUUUUAAGGACCUUGUUGGGUGCAAAUGUUACUACAUUUUAAAUACAAAUUUUUCAUUUAUAUUUAUAUACAUUUGAGGGCUCUGCCGUAACAAACUCUUAUAAUUUUACUACACAGUUUACAAAUAUCGUAAAAAAAAGAAAAAGCUAUUUUAGAACCCUCCCUGGAAGAGUUUCUACGUUAUCUAGUAUUUUUAAAAGUGUUAUUACUGGAUUAUUUUCAAAAAAAUCACAACUGGGAAUAAAAUUGUGAUUGAAGGCGAAUGCCCAUGAAUAAAAGCACCCAGAGUUACAAUUAUUACUUUGGGGUGAACAUAGUAACAUUCUAUGGUAAUAAAAUCGUAUUUGUAUACGAUAGUGUAUCUGCUUUACACAGCGUUCAUUUGUUUUAAAUGCGCUUAUCUUAAGUUAUCAACAGACCCGUGAUGUCAAACUGAAUAGCUUGUCAUAUUUCACUCUCAAAGAUCCUUCAGUCUGGUUAGAAUAAGUAACGAGGAGAGUGGUUAUUACUUGACCUAUUUUUAUCUACUUGCGAUGUACAUUGGAGUAAUACUACUGCCAUUUUUUACUGUGUGUGAUGGUGCACGAAUUCUGGCACUUGUACCGUUUCCAUCAAAAAGUCAUUGGAUUGUGAUAGAGCCGCUGUUCCAAGAGUUAGCAGCCAGAGGGCACCAGGUCACUGUGUUCUCUUCGUUUCCACAGAAGAAACCUCUGCCGAACUAUAAUGAUGUAGACUGCUCUGCUACUGUACCACCCGGCAUAAGUGCAAUCUCUAUUGACCAAAUCAGACAGGUCAUGCCAACUCCGUGGGAAACAGUACAUUUUAUGAAAGAAAUACACGAAGAUUGCUGCAAAAUUCUUGGAGAAUCCAAAGUUCAGCAUCUGUGGAAGUCAAAAGAGCAAUACGAUCUUUUGAUUACCGAAUUGUUUGCAAGUGAUUGUUUUACUUACGUAGCUCAUAAACUAAAGAUUCCACUGAUUUCUUACACUACCAGCAUGGCCGUUCCUUGGGGUGCAGAGAGGGUUGGGUUACCUGACAACCCCUCUUAUAUUCCUAACUAUCUCGUACACUUUAGUCCACAAAUGACUUUGUGGCAAAAAGUAUAUAAUAUUGCUAUUCUCGUGUAUGCAAAAUUCUGGCACCUCUGUGUAUACGAUAAACAUACUCAAACUCUUGUAGAGAAUUUUUUCGGGGAAACUUUGCCACCUCUACGUGAAGUUUUAGAGAACACUUCUCUGAUUUUUGUCAACAGUUAUCAUACCCUCGCUCAGAGUCGACCUUUUCCUCCCGGUGUCGUUGAAAUUGGAGGGAUUCAUAUAAAAGAAAGUAAACCUCUCACAAAGGACAUGCAACAAAUUUUAGACAACUCCAUGAAUGGUGUAAUAAUAAUGAGCUUUGGAUCAAUGGUCCGCAUGUCUGCUUUACCGAAAGCAAUAACGCAAAUGUUCAUGAACGUGUUUUCAAAUAUUUCUGAAACCGUUAUUUUAAAAUACGAAGAGCCUCUGUCAGAGGCGCCGCCUAAUGUUAUUAUACGGGAAUGGCUGCCACAGCGAGAUAUGAUGGAGCACAAAAAUGUCAUAGCUGUUAUUAGCCAUGGAGGCUUGGGGAGUUUAACGGAAACUGUUUAUGUUGGUAAACCAAUGAUUGGAAUUCCCUUAUUUGCUGAUCAGUAUGUCAAUAUCGAAAAUAUCGUCAGAAGAGGUGCUGGAAUACAGCUGGACUACGACGAUUUGUCCGAGGAGAAGAUUAGAGUAGCAGUGAAUGAGAUAGUGCACAAUCCAAAGUACAAAGAUAACAUGAGAGAGUUAUCGCGCCAGUUCCGAGACCGGCCGAUGACACCGCUGCAGACUGCAGUGUACUGGACAGAGUACGUCAUCAGACACCAGGGGGCACCACACUUGCAGCCAGCCUCUGUCAGUAUGCCGCUCUAUCAGUACUUGCUGCUUGACGUCAUCGUUGUUCUUGCCGUUCUAUUGGCCUCUGUGUUUCUCGUAUUGUACUGGCUAAUAAGAUUUACCUUUUAUAUAAGAACACCAAUAGCGUCUAAGAAAACUGUAAAUGUAAAGAAAUAUAAUUGAUGAAAAUCA